GUUCCUGACGGCAAUAUUUUAAACAAAAGAAUUACUAGUCAAAAUAAAUACCUUUCCAUGUACAGAACGUUUCUUCCUUUGGGUAUGGCCUUUGGCGAUUGACGUUUUCUCACCAGUUUCCACUGUCAAGACUUGGUUUCAGUCUUUGACGCGUUCGAUUGCUUGUGCUUCUCUUUCUCUCUCUAAAACUAUAAAAUCUCUCUCUCAAAGGAUCUCUUCAAAACCUGUAACAGAUUCUUUGGAUUUUCUUAGUCCUGAAUCCUUGCUAGUCUUUUCUCCACAUUAUCAGGAAUCUUAAUUGAUAUUCACCAGUAGCCUGCCUGAUCAUUCUCUGCAUUUUACAUUCUGAAAGAAUGUUUGGCUUGAAAAAAUCUCCCUUGAGGGUUCCCAAGCAUAACAAGGUUGACCCUGAUCUUCCUCGUUCUAACCCUUUUGACUCUGAUGAUGAGUUGGACAAUAAGAAAACCAUUAAACCUUCAAGGAAAACUUCCCCAGAACCCAAUCUGACUACGCCAAAUUUUGGCACCAAUCCUUUUGAUGACAAGGAGGAAAUUGGGACAUCAUCUUCAUCUUCAUAUUCCUAUGCUUCAGGAGCAAGAAAUCAGUACAAGAAUGAUUUCCGCGACUCAGGAGGAAUAGAGAGCCAAUCUGUUCAAGAAUUGGAGAAUUAUGCUGUAUACAAGGCAGAGGAGACUACGAAGGCAGUCAAUGGCUGCCUCAAGAUUGCCGAGGAAAUUAGAGAGGAUGCUAACAAAACUUUGAUCACCUUGCAUCAUCAGGGGGAGCAAAUUACCAGGACCCAUAAUGUUGCUGUUGAGAUGGAUCAUGAUCUCAGUCGGGGAGAGAAGCUUCUGGGAAGUCUGGGGGGCAUCUUUUCUAGAACAUGGAAGCCAAAGAAGACUCGUCCAAUUACUGGCCCUGUCAUCACAAGAGAUGAUGCACCCAAAUCGAUAGGUGGCCACUUGGAGCAGAGGGAGAAAUUGGGAUUGAAUAAUGCACCCAAGGGACGGUCAAAUACACGAACAAACACACCUGAACCUACCGAUGCAAUUCAGAAAGUUGAGAUUGAAAAGGCAAAGCAAGAUGAUGCACUCUCGGAUUUGAGUAAUCUAUUGGGCGAGUUGAAGGGUAUGGCCGUUGACAUGGGCAGUGAAAUUGAUAGGCAAACCAAAGCUCUGGAUCAUUUCCAGGAUGAUGUGGAUGAACUAAACUUCCGCGUUAGAGGUGCAAAUCAGCGUGGCCGUCGUUUGCUGGGAAAGUAGAUUGCAGGCUCUCAAGUUUGAUAUUGCAUGCUGAUCUGCUGAUAUUGCCUCCACUUUGCUGAUUGUUAUUUUUCUGCAUGUAAUGAGAUUUGGAUUCACAUUCUCUUUCAUUGAUGUGGGAUUUUUGUUUCUUUAUCCUCCUUGCAAUUCUUAACAAGAUUGGAGAUUUGACAGUACAGUACAUUAUCAUUUAUCAAUGAGAUUCAUCCUAAUCAUGAGUGUAAUUAUA